AGCUGACUUGGCGGCCUGUGCACCCGCGCUGGUCGGCGAUGUGAAACUGGACUUCACCGCCGAAUCCCACAAGCGCAUGCAGAGGAUGAUCAUGGACGCCGUGGCCCUCUGGGCGUGCGAGACCACCCCCAACGGCGUCCUGGAACCCUUCCAGGCGCAGUUACGGCAAGCAGGAGGCGCUGGAGCAGGCAGCUUCUUGUGCGCGCCCGAGUCCGGCAACCCGGCCAUCUCGGACGAAGCCUGGCGCGUGGCCUUGCGCAGACGCCUGCUGCGCACGGUAGAGAAGAUAGCCUUUCCGGCACAUGGUGAGACGCAUUGCCACCGCUCCGGAACGCGGGGCUCUUGCGGGGCGCAGCUGGAUGGCCUCGACGGACUCGUGCACGCAGAGGCGUGCCAGAUCGGCGGGGAGGCCAGCAUCGGCCCUCGCGCGCUCCGGGAGCAGCGGCUAGAGAGUUUGCGGGCGCCAGCCAUGGUGGGCGCGACGGCGGACGGCGAGGCUAGGGGCGCGUUGGACGUCAUCUUCAACUACGAACUACGACGGCAG